AAAUGUAGAAAGUUCGAAAUUAGAAUGAUGGAUAAUGAACAGUAACCUUUUGGCAGCGUUUGCAAAGCCGCUGUUUCUUUUGUCAAAGCUGUAUCAUAUCAGCAAACAUAAUCUGUUAACAAGUUGUCAUAAUCGUCUUUUGGUGCACUUUACACUCUGCAAGCAACAAUCUACCCUUGCCAACGGCGAUAGCGAAAGUGGUUGUUGGAACUCUCUCUGGCUUCAACUUGCAGAGCACUUGUCUGAACAACACAACAAAUUGCUUUUGGAGUCAAAUAUUCAUGAAAAGAACUGCAGAAUUUUUCGAGAAAAGCUUAAUACGACUUUGCCGUUCUCUUCGUUAUUAAGGCAGCGUCAGCUUUUGAGAGAAGACUUGCAAACUGCUUCUACUUUGAGGAGAGAAGAACUGCGAUUGAAUAAGGAGUCAGAGAAGGUUCUUGAAGUAGAAGAAAAUCAAAUCCUGUUAAAGCUGAAAGAAAAUGAACAGAGAAUUGUCGACUGUUGUCUGGAUUUGAUACAGAGACAACAAGAACCCUAUCUAGACAGGGUACAAGAAACUUUGCUAGAAAUUCGUGCUGCUGCUGGAGGAGAAGAGUCUGCACUUUUUGCUAAAGAUUUAUGGAAUAUGUACGAAAAGUUUUGCUCAAGGAAGCAAUGGAUCGUUGAAAUUCUUGAAAUAAGCAAAACAGAACAGAGUGGCUUCAGAGAAAUAGUUGCAUUUGUCAGGUCCAAGGAGGCAUAUAAAAUUCUGAAAAAGGAAGCUGGAGUUCAUAGAGUGCAACGAAUUCCACGCACGGAAUCUUGUGGAAGAAUACACUCCAGUACUAUAAGUGUCGCAGUUUUACCAGGACAAUUGAUGGCAUUAGAUGGUCUCUAUGAAAAUUCAUCCAAGUCGUUUGUUGACGAGUCGCAACUAAAGUUUGAGUAUUUCCGUGCUGGUGGUGCCGGAGGACAACAUGUAAAUAAGACAGAAAGUGCAGUCAGAGUUCGUCAUAUUCCGUCUGGUAUUACUGUAACCUGUCAGGAGGAGAGGUCUCAGUUUGCCAAUAAGAAGAGAGCAGUGAGUAUAUUGACUGCGAGGAUAUCUGCUCGAGAAAGAGAGAAGAUGCGUUUGGAAUUAUCUUCUCAAAGGAAAGAGCAGACACAAGGUGGGGACAGAAAUGAGAGAAUCAGAACCUAUAAUUAUUUGCAGUCAAGAGUGACAGAUCAUCGUUCAGGUUUUAGUGUACGUGGUGCAGGUUUUGAAGAUUUAUUGAACGGUGGAGAGUCUCUCGAACAAAUGAUAGAGAGUGUUCAUGAACAAGAGCGACUAGAUAUGAUAGAACAUUUUUGCAAAAUGUCAAAACCCAUUGAGCACUUGUUGAAUUAUCUGGUUCCGAAAUAGGGAUAGAAACUAAGUUGCUAACUUUACCCGAUAUUCGUAGACUUUGAGCUCAUUUCAACACCAGUCGAGUCUAGUGAUUAGAUGAAGGAAUUGGCUACAGAAAUAUGCGAAAACAGUAAUGUGAAGAUGGCCAUUUUCUUCAAGUCUUUGGAAGUUAGUCCAUUGGUCUAAAUAUAUUCAACAAACGAGACUUUUUACCUUUUAUGGAUUCCUGAAUAAAGAAAAUUGUAUACAA